CAGUGCGAGUGCGUGUGUGUGUGUUUGUUUGUGUGUCCGCGCGCCGUGCAGACCCAAGAGGCGGUGACCAAGCGGCUGUUCCGAGGGAAGCCUUGCCAUGAGUUUUGGGCGUGUGGUUCCGGAACAGCGAUCAGACGCAGAACGAAGCCGCCAAAUCCUGGGCAGCUCUUGAACGAGAUUCAGCAACAACAACAACAGCAACUUUUGAAGAAAAUUAAAAAAAAACAUGUUAUAUCAAAAUGUAAAAAAUAG